AUGAAAUAAUAAAUUCGAGAGGAAGGAUUUUUUACUGAUAAAGAACAAUUUAACUAAGAGAAAAAUCCAACUGAUUAGAAGACUUUACAUUAACUCUAGGCACUUGAACAUCAUCAACAGAUGAUACUUUAAGAUUUUCAAGAAUUCAAAAGAUCACGCUAGAUUGAUUUCAUUUAGCUGAUUUAAGAGUCCGCUAUAAUCUUAGGCUGUGAACUCACUAACUACCCUAAGAAUAGUAUUUUCGAUACUUAAGAAAUAGGUGAUAAGUCUAAAUACCUUGAUGAUAAAAUAUCAGCAUAAAUUUUAGAACUUAAUACAUGCUUAGCUAGUGAAGAAGGCUAAUUUGAUCUAUAGAGAAAUGUCUCAAAACCAGAAUACAACUGGGAACUUAUUUCUGUUGGUGACUAAUCUUUUUCAUUGUUCUUGUUCUAAGUACUGAUUAUGAUUGUCAUUGCUCUUGGAAUUAUUUUGUAUUCAAAGAAUAAAUAAAAACUAGGUCAAGAAAAAUAAUUAUUGGAAGAGCCACUUUUCUAUAAGAAAUUUUGA